AUGCUGCGGGAAGUUGCACUCCUCGUCGAAUCCGAUUUUAUGAACAAAGUGAUCGGAUUGAUUUGCGUGGCACCCGUUCAGUCCAUUGUGUGCUGGCUCCGUUUGAUCGCUCUGUUGCAUCAGUUCUUGAGCAGUUUGAACAGUUUGCAUGAACCGUUGAAUCGAUUGGAUCGAUUACGUGAAUACGUGGAAAGUGGUGGCUGUGAUACCGACAAGCCGUCUACUCUUCCAACGUCAUCGGGAGAUUUUGAUCACCAGAUGCCGGCUGGAUCGAAGCCUACAACACGCUUGAUACGCACCAUGUUAAUGCACUUGUUGUUUGCAAUCAAAAGCACGCGGCAUUUGGAACAGUUAAUCGAACAAGAUGAUGAUUACAAGGCCGAUAUCUCGCGAGACGACUGGUUACCCAUCUUCGAUCGUUUAAGAUGCCAGGUAGAUGUUUGUGGUGAUACCCUAGAAGAACUUCGAAGAAUGUUUUGGCCUGAUACUGCGACUGGGGAUGAUGUGGCAUCCGACAAAGGAACAGAUCAACGGGACAAUUUCGUGUUCCAAAGUUUGGAAAACGCCACUUCGCGUACAGCACUGAAGGCUCAAGACGUCGACCCCGAAGAUGAUGUCUUGGAGGAUAUCGCGGUCGGCGAGGACUCGAAUGAUGAGGGUGAGGUGAAACCGACGGACGAUCUGGACGAUGAUGUGGCAAGUUCGCGUUACUCGAUGCUCGCACAUUUUUCUUUCUCAUUCGCAUAUUAUGUGGCAUUUCAAUCGUAA